AAUUUUCAGAUUGAGAUAUAGUACUUCUGGUUUAUCCAGUAGAUUCUAGAUAUUAAAAGAAUUAUUCGAUCAUGAAGUGUGUGGUCUGCUGCUUAUUGACUUUCUGUGCCUUCCGAAUUGUCUUCACAAUGGACGAGGUGAAAGAGAAAAUUCCACUGGAAAAGUCCAAUCCAAUUUUAUACAAAACUGUGACUAGGAUAGCUGACAUUUACCGUGAGAUAAUCUCUGAUGUUAAUCUUGUAGUUGGAGGUACGAUUUAUAAGGAGCAAAUAAUAGAGCAAUGUUGGUUAACUAAUACAUACAACCAAGUCAAUCAAAAUUAUAAUGCCUAUGUUUACAAAUGCAAUAUGUGUCAUAAGAAAGCUGCUAAGAAAUUGUUUUUCAAGUCUACGAAAAAGUGCUGUAUUAAAGAGAUUGCUGAAUUAGAAAAUAUGAGAAAAAUAGUUAAAGCUAAUUUGGAGAAAUGCAAGGCACAUUACAUUAAACAGGCACAGGCGGCUACAGGAACAGGGCCUACAGGAGCAGUAAGAAUCAAUAAAUAA